AUGUUAUUACGACUCCCCGUCCUCGUCGCCCUCUCCGGCCUCAUCUCCUCCUCCCUCGCCGCCCGCUUCGAAAAUGACUUCUCCUCCUACCCCGGCGGCGCCCAGGCCUGCCUCACCACCGCCGACUCCAACGCGAACUGCGACGGCGAAACCGUCCCCACCAUGAACGCCUGCCUCUGCUCCGACGGCGGCGGCUUCCUCACCAACACAGCGCGCUGCCUCGGCCAAAACGCCCCCGGCGACAUCGACUUGACCUACGGCACCCUCAAGGUGAACUGCAACGGCUCCAAAACCCCGCUGAGCCUGUCCAAGGACGAGUUUACCGAAAUCGCCGACGAGGCCGCCAAGGAAACCCCACCAGCGCGCCGAGCCCCUCGCGACGACGAGGGCCUGUCUUCGGGAGCGACGAUCGGUAUCGCCGUGGGCGCCGCCCUCGGCGGCGUUGCCCUCAUCGCGGGGCUCGCUUUCUGCCUCUGGCGCCGGAGAAAGGCGGCCAAGAGCUUCAAGGAAGAAGCGAACCCCAUGCUCGGCCGCCAGAGCCUCCAGCCGUCCCUCUUCGACGGCCAGGGCUCCGGGACGAACUCGGUCCGCACUACCAGCAUGUACCAAGGCGGCGCCUACACGGACUGGAAGCAGGACGGCGCGCAGGGCAACUAUACCGCUGCCUGGGGCCCCGACUCCUUCACCACCGGCGGCGCCUCUUCUCUGGGACCCACCCCGCCUCCUCCCCAGCAAUGGAACGAGCCGCCCGCACCCUCGUGGAACCCCAGACCGGCUGGGGCCCGCAGCCCCCGACACCCGCUCACCCGCAUUCCGGCGCGCCUGGACAGGCCUGGCUCACCCCACGGGCUAUCGACCCGUGGCGGCUCAGGACGGCGCUACCGCGGCGGGUAG